AUGGCGGCGGAACAGAGAAAGCUGCUCGAGCAGCUCAUGGGAGCGGACCAGCUCAUGGGUACUGGUGCUCCCUCUCGCAACGCCCAGCUUUCUAUUACCGAUCCCAAAGUCUGUCGUUCAUAUCUCGUCGGCACAUGCCCGCAUGAUCUCUUCACCAAUACCAAGCAAGAUCUUGGCCCUUGCCCUAAGGUGCAUAGUGAAGGUCUGAAGACGGAGUAUGAGACAGCUUCGGCUGCGGAGAAGGCUAAAUGGGGCUUUGACUUUGACUACAUGAGAGACAUGCAGAAAUACAUUGAUGAUUGUGACCGGAGAAUUGACUCCGCACAGCGGAGGUUGGAAAAGACCCCGGACGAAAUCCGACAAACAAAUAACCUUCUCAAACAAAUCUCUGAUUAUACCAAAACGAUCAACGGCGGCCUGCUUGAGAUUUCCGUCCUAGGCGAAACCGGCUCCGUUGCGCAGGCAUACAAUGAAUUGCACAAGAUCCGUACAGCCAAACACCAAAAGGAAACGUGCGAACGCGAAUUGAAGAAUCUGCAGGAUACCUCUGGCCCGUCAGGCCACCAGAAGCUGCAGGUAUGCGAUGUUUGCGGCGCAUAUCUGAGUCGUCUCGAUAACGACCGUCGAUUGGCGGAUCAUUUCUUCGGUAAAAUGCACAUGGGGUACUCGGACAUGCGCAAGACGUUUAAGAAACUCAGCGAGGAGCUCAAGGGCAGACCACCGCCAGUUCGUCAUCACGAUGACGAGGAAGGUGGCUGGGGUGGCCGCUCAGGUGGUGGUAGAGGACCUCGGUAUGGUGGUGGCGGCGGCUACAAGAAGCGUGGUGGACGGUGGUGA